AUGGCAGCCAUGUUAUCCUGCCAGCGGGCGGACAACUCUCUCAAUAUCCCUCCGCCCUCAUGUCGGAGCGGGUUUGACUUCUCCCUGCUCUUUGAGGAGCUCAUUCUGGGCAUCCUGCCCUUAGGGAUUGUUCUGGCUCUGGUGCCCUUUCAACUGCGACACUUGUUCGGAAGACCGCGCAAGGUGGAAGCGUCUUGGUUGGCCUGGGCAAAGACGGUAUCAUGGAUUGUACUAGUGAUCACUCACUUGGUCUUGACGGUCCUUUGGUCCCUCCCAUCCGCAUGGCGGACGGAAGCCUCCAUCGCUGCGAAUGCAGUGAUGACCGUGGGGAUCUUUCUCCUCUGUCUGUUUUCUUACGCAGAACACCAUCUCUCAGUCAGGCCGUCGUUCCUUCUUAACGUUUACCUCGGUACCACGCUGCUCUUUAGUAUCGCAAAAGCGAGGACUCUCUGGCUCCGGCAUCCAGAGGGAAUCAACAGAGACAUUGCAAUCAUCACGUCGCUCAAUGUCGGGAUCACGCUGCUCCUUCUCAUUAUGGAGGCAACAGAAAAGCGUCGUUUUCUUCGAAAAGAAUAUAAGGGAUAUCCUCCCGAAGCCCUCGCGGGAAUUUACAAUCGAUUGUUCUUCUGCUGGCUGAAUCCGUUGUUUUAUCUCGGGUUCACUAAUCCGCUCUUGGGGGUGGACGAUCUAUUUACUCUCGACAAGCAGCUGGAGUCGAAGCGACUGCAUCGGGUCGUAGAGAACUUAUGGAAUAAAGAAGACAGGAAAAGUCCGAACGCAUUGCUAUCUACAUGUUUCAAGGCGUUCAAAUGGCAGAUUUCAGCCGGUAUACCACCACGAGUCAUGCUGGCGGCCCUCAAUAUAUGCCAGCCAUUACUGCUAGAAAGAUCACUCUCUUUCACCGAGUCAGCCGUGAACAAGGACACGGAUAACAUCGGUUAUGGCUUAAUUGGGGCUUAUAUACUUGUUUAUAUUGGCUUGGCGGUUACUAUGGGCCAGUAUCAACACAUGACCUAUCGCUCUAUUACAAUGGUCAGGGGAGGCGUUGUAUCCAUGAUCUAUGAAAAGGCAUGUACUCUGAGUACCAAAGACGCUGAUCCCGCUUCCUCUGUCACACUUAUGAGCGCCGAUGUUGAGCGAAUUGUGCAAGGCUGGCAGACCAUGCAUGAUAUCUGGGGCAAUGCUCUUGAAAUCGCUCUGGCCAUAUACCUCCUUGAAAGACAGUUGGGCGUGUCCUGUGUUGUCCCGGUUGCUGUUGCAAUUGCGAUGACUUUUGUAAUGGCUGGGCAAGCCAAGUGGCUUGAGGCUAUUGAGAGACGUAUCUCGUCCACGUCUUCUAUGCUUUCUUCUAUGAAAGGGAUCAAGAUGCUUGGUCUCCAAUCAGCACUAAUGACAUGUGUGCACAAUCUGCGUUUGGAUGAGCUGAGCAUUUCUAGAUAUUUUCGGAAACUUUUAGUCUGGAACAUGGCUCUGGCGUGGAUCACUCGCAUUUUUGCACCGAUCUUUGCGUUUGGCGCUUUUGUCGGCAUCUCCCAUGAUAGGGGAAAUGAUGCUGCUUUGACUAUAUCAGUAGCCUACACAUCACUAUCGCUGUUCUCUCUUCUAUCGGACCCUCUUCUGUCUCUUGUCAUGGCUCUAAUGACGUUUGUUGGAUCGGUUGGAUCUUUCCAAAGAAUACAAGAGUUUCUCGAUCAAGAACGUCAUAUUGAUUCCCGAGCUAAGUCUACUGAGCUGCCAUACAAUAUCCCCGAAGAAAAGGGUCAAUUGGCUUUGGUUGACGAUGCUGAAACCAAUACAACCGAGUCGGGUUCCUCGAGCUCAUUAAACAAACCCCACUCGCCUUUGUUUCAGGACGCUCUCACAGUUCAAAAUGGGGCAUUCGGGUGGGAUACAACAAAAGAGCCCUUGCUGAAAAACCUGACUAUCGCGAUUCCUCAAGGGGGCGUCACUAUAUUGAUUGGGCCAUCUGGCUGUGGCAAAACCACACUAUUGAAGGCUAUUCUCGGCGAGGUGCCCUGUUUGAGCGGAAAUAUUAGACUUUCGUCUGAGAGCAUUGCCUAUUGUGAGCAGACGCCUUGGCAUAUGAACGGAACCAUCCAAGACUGUAUCGUCGCAAUGUCUACUUAUGACAGCCAGUGGUACAGGUCCGUCAUCAAUGCAUGCGCUUUAGUCGAGGACUUCAAACAGCUCCCUCGUGGGGAUCAGACCGUGAUUGGGAGUAAAGGUAUUGCUCUGAGUGGAGGCCAAAGUCAACGGAUUGCACUUGCGAGAGCAGUCUAUGCCCGGAAAGAGGUUAUCAUUCUGGAUGACGUCUUUAGCAGUCUCGACGCGACGACUGAGGACCACAUCUUCCAUCACCUGAUCGGGAGCCAUGGCCUCCUGCGCUCAUUAGACUCCACGAUCAUCUUCGCAUCUUCUUCUGUAAAACGUGCUCCUUAUGCUGAUCAUAUCAUCGUCCUUGACAACAAGGGCUACGUCAUUGAACAAGGGAGUUUCAAGGCUCUCGAUUGCUCCGGAGGUUAUGUCUCGAGCUUCUCUCUGGGAUUUCCCGAAUGGGGCUACAAAGCGGACAUGUUCCCUGCUUCAGGUGUUGAGAUAAAAACAAUCGAAAAGACGGCCGAAACCGAUACAGAGAGUGAGACUGCGACUCGUCCAAAAGGCGGAGAUGUGUCGAUCUAUUUGUACUAUGUUCAAUCCAUUGGCUGGUUUCCAACAAUAGUCUUCCUCGUGGCAAUCGCAAGCUUCGUCUUCUGCAUAUCUUUUCCAAGUAUCUGGGUGCAAUGGUGGGCCGAUUCAGAUCAAGCGGAACCUGGCAAACGAACAGGUUAUUACCUUGGAAUAUAUGCAAUGCUUGGGGUGCUAGGCAUGCUGGGCCUUAUGAUCGGUACCUGGGAAAUGGUGAUCAACAUGGUGCCAAAGUCUGGAGAGGUCUUCCAUAGAAAGCUUCUGAGAACAGUUCUAAGUGCGCCAAUGUUGUUUUUCUCCAAGACAGAUAGCGGUGCUAUUCUCAACCGGUUCAGUCAAGACCUACAGCUCAUAGACAUGGAGCUCCCUGUUGCUGCUAUCAACACCUUUGCAACCUUCGCCCUCUGCAUAGCACAGAUGCUCUUGAUGGCCGUAGCUUCGAGAUACGUUGCUAUAGCUUUUCCGAUUGUCCUUAUUAUUGUCUACCUUAUACAAAAGAUGUACCUUCGUACAUCCCGACAACUGCGGUACCUCGAUCUAGAAGCAAAGGCGCCUCUUUUCUCUCAUUUCACGGAUUGCCUUAGUGGCCUGGUGACUCUAAGAGCGUUUGGAUGGCAACAUGCCUUGCAAGAAAAGAACUAUCGCUUGCUUGAUUACUCUCAGAGACCAUUCUAUCUCCUCUACGCCAUCCAACGCUGGCUUACCCUUAGUUUGGACAUGGUAGUUGCGGGUAUUGCAGUUUUGUUGAUUAUACUUGUCGUCAUUUUACGAGGAUCUAUCAGCGCGGGCUGGGUUGGAGUCGCGUUGCUGAAUGUCAUUCAGUUUAGCCAAAGUAUCAAGCUUUUGAUAACUUUCUGGACCAACCUCGAAACUCACAUCGGCUCAAUACAGCGAGUCCGGUCCUUCUCAGAGACUGUGCCGUCGGAAGAUCUACCCUCGGAGAACGACGAUAUGCCACCUGAGUGGCCAUCUCAAGGUGAUAUCGAGUUCAAGUCCGUUUCUGCGGAGUAUAGGGCCUCUGAGCCGGUCCUUAACGGCGUGUCUCUUUCCAUCCGAGCCGGUGAAAAGGUGGGAAUUUGUGGAAGAACUGGCAGUGGCAAAUCAUCACUCAUCAUGAGCAUAUUCCGCAUGAUCGACAUAAGCUCUGGUCAAAUUGUUAUUGACGGACUCGAUAUCACCAAGCUACCACGUCAGGAGAUCCGUUCGCGAAUCAACGGGGUCUCCCAAAGCCCUCUCCUGAUCAAGGGCAGCGUGAGAACAAACGCCGACCCUAUGGGCUCUUCAUCCGACGAAGCCAUAAAUAGCGCUCUCGAAAGCGUCGGCUUAUACUCCCAGGUGCAAGAAAAAGGCGGUCUGGCUAUUGACAUGGACGAGCUCUUCCUAUCCCACGGACAGCAGCAGCUCUUCUGUCUCGCACGGGCGAUUCUCCGUCCCGGUAACAUCCUGGUUCUCGACGAAGCCACAAGCAGUGUCGACACCAGAACAGACGAGGUAAUGCAGCGGAUCAUCCGCGAAAAGUUCAGCACCCACACCAUCCUGACCGUCGCCCACAAACUCGACACCAUCCUUGACUACGAUAAAGUCGUCGUCCUCGAAGCAGGUCGUCUAGUGGAGUGUGGAACUCCCCAUGACCUUCUCGCCUCGGACAAGUCUUAUUUCAGCAAACUGUAUGCCAGCCUGACGACAGAGGAACAGGAAGGGGAGACUGAGGUCAGCUCGUCCGAGAUCUAG